AUGGGAAGUAGUGCUUCAUCUAGAAUAAAUGAGUUCUAAAAAAUAGAGGCCGAUCUUAAAUUGACCACUCUGCCUGAGUUGGAUAAACUUUUAAUUGUUGCCUAAGAUCUUCUUAAAUAUACUGAGUAACUUCGACAAAGGAUUGUAUCUUAUCAUGACUUAAUGAUGAGGAUAGUCAAAUUGCAGUCUUACAAAAAUGUCACUUUAGUUGAUGCCUUCAAAAUAUGGUAUUUGUGUGCUCUUGUGUGCAAUGAUUCAAAAGGGGACAGUGUUUAAUUCGAAUGCAAAAUUGAGAACUUUGAUUAGGAAUUCGCAUCGGAAAGUCUCAAGAAACUAAUGAAUUUUGUAUGGACUCUCAUUUAUAAGUAGGGCAGUGUAGUGGCGUUUGCAAUUGAAGACAAAUUCGUUUAGGAUGAGAAAGAGUAACUGAUAAUUUGUGAUACAGGAAUCUGCGGAGAUUUUAAAUUGCAAUUGUGGCCAUUCCUUUGCUCCUCAUUCUUAUGUUAUUUGAGAUCCGCUUACAGAUUGGCACCAUUUUUAGAAGAGAAAAUUAAUAGCCAAAUAAAUUUGAUCAGGAAAUACUUGGAUGUACACAAAGCAGAAAAGUUGACUAAAUCUAUCAAUUAACAAGCUUUGACUCGCCUAUGCGAACAUUUGAAAUAUUUUGGCCAACUUGUGGAUAGGUAUCAUUAAGAAGUCAAAACUUUCACCUCAAAAUACAAAUAAAUCAUGGUUGAAAUGCAUCCCUUGAGUUAGGAAGUGUUGAGGCAGGAAGGAAAUCAAAAUUACAUCUUUAAUGACGAAAGGACCAUCUUAAAAUCAAAAAUAUAAGACAUCGUGAGAAAAUAUGCGCCUGAGUAUGAACUCAAAGAAACUGCCUUAAUGUAAAAUGAAAUCAGAUUGAAACAGUAAAGAAGGAAAGUAAAACCAAAAACCAAGUUGGAAAGAAGAAGAACUGAAUAAGCUGCUCUUACAUUUCCAACCACUUAUCAUUGGGUGGGUCAUGAAUACUUCGACACCUUCUUUUCAGCAUAAUCAUUGACUUUGUCUGAAUUGGAGGAAUGUCGUGCUCAAGGAGAAGAGGCUAGAAAAAAGUUAUUUAAGAUCACUGGUGUCAAUUAAUGGAGAGACAAAACUAUUAAAAGUGUUUUUGAAUGUCUCACGUGGAUGUUGUCUGCUGAGUUGAAUAAAAAUCUUAAACAAUCAGAAUUGAAAUUACUUAAAGAGGAGCCUUGGAUUCAUUUCAUAGGAUAAAAAAAACACAAAUUUAAUGAUAUUUCUAGAGACAUAGUGACUCAUCUAAAAGUAUGGUUGAAAUAUUUCAGUCCAAUCAGAUAUUAAAGAAUUUGUAAUUAUUAUUAGGACUUUUUAAAAAGACAAAGGGAACUUCAAAAGAAUAAGUUUGAAUUUCACCAUUUAGUCAGAGAUCUCCCUCCAUAGAAUUAAUAUAAUGCACUUUCAAGCUUUACUAAAAACAUUAGAGUAAAUGAGACUUAUAUAAGUAAAAUUGAAAAGCUUUUUGAAAUGACAAUAGAAAGCAGUGGAAAAAUGGGGGAAGAAUUGUAUGAUAGUUGGUAGGAAAUCGUUGAUCAAGCUGAUUCAAUUAAAUAUUAAAUAGGAACUCCAUUCAAUGAAUUCAUUAAAGAAUUUAGACCGAAUACUUUGGCUGAAUUGGACCAAUUAUAAAAUAGAAAAGCAGAAAGAAAAUAAACUAAGUUAUCGAUUGCCUGUAUUGAAAUUUGA